GGGGCGUCUUGCGCGAGCGCAGUAUAUCUCAACUUUUGCUUUCAACCGGCCGUGGUGUGUACAGACUAAAAAAAUGUGCGGUGAAAUGGGAAAAGCGGUUUUGCGGGCGCUUACUGGUGCGCUACUCUGUGGCCUGGUGUCCGAUGCGGCUUAUUUGCAGCAAUACGACCCAUACCAGCAAUAUGAGCCCCAAGUUGUCUACAAGAAACCCUUGCGAGAACACGAGAAGCCCCAAGAUCUUCGGAACGUGCCAGGAAUCCCCGGAGUGGACUACCCGAUAUACCACGAGGUGCCCCAGACCCGUUUCUCGUGUGCCCACGUGCCUGUCCACCCGGGCAUGUAUGCUAACGUGGAGACAGGAUGCCAGGCAUACCACGUGUGCCACGACGGCCGUGAAGGCCACCAGGGUGCAUCAUUCCUGUGCACAAAUGGAACCCUCUUCAAUCAGGCUAAAUUCGCCUGUGAUUGGUGGUACAACGUCGACUGCUCGCAAGCUAUUGAACACUACAAAUUGAAUGCUGACCCUUUGAAAAAUCCCUACGUGCCAAAACCGAAGCCAGAAGAAUUAGAACACGGGAUCUACUACAGGAAACACUAACUGGCAGUCGACUGUUUUUUUUUUACGUAUAAAUUAUUAACUUCUUUUGUUUGAAAUAAAAUUAAAUUGCAGACUUGAGAUUAUACAGACUUAUUCAUUAUAUUGAUAAAAUUUGUUUUGACUUUCAGAGAAGGGUUGUUUUGAGAUCUUUUCGCUUUUAUGAGUCGAAUAAUGUGUGCGUGCAUAUAUGGGCUUUUUAUGUUUGUUCCUAAUAAUUUUAUUGUGCGGAAAAUAGUACAUAAAUGAAGACCAAUACAAGACAGAUAUAUGUACGACUGUUCUCAUAUAGGGAUUUCUUAUAAUCAACCAGCAAUAGGUUGAAAAAGCACAAUUAUACAAAUUAUACAAUUACACAAUAUGUCCUAGAGGUAAAAAGCCAGGUAUUUGCUUUGUUAAGAAAAUAUUUUUAUUUUUAUACAUACAUAUUUGAUAAAAAUGAAACGACUUAUCAGUCGUUUCAUUUUUUAACUAUUUAGAAAGUAACCAAUGCGAUAUGUCAAGUCUGUUUAUUCCUAUGUCUGUGUUAGAACUCAUUUAUUCAAAUAAAUAUAAAAUAAGUAUAUUUUUUCUUAUUAUCUUGCGGAAUAUUCGUUUUUUGAAUUAGCUUAUUUUGUCAGUAGCAUUUGUAUUUUAUUUUCUUUAAAGAUAAUAACGUUUUUUUCUUUUGAAAAAAAAAAGCGUGCCGGCUUUAAAGAUUUAUUUAUAAUGAAAAAAAAGGUCCAUUAUUCGAAAAUAAAUUACAAUGAAAUAAUACUAAAUGUAUAAAAAUGAUCAUUUUGAAAUUUUAAUAUAUAGAUGUAGAUAAUUUUAUUUUUUUACGAAAUAAGAAAAUUCGUCAAAUCUUGAUCGGAAAGAAAAUUCUGUCAAAACAUAUUGUAUCCCAUAAUUAUUUUCAACACUAAAUCAGAACUCAUGUUUCACCGCAAUUUCUUAAUAGUUUAGUCACUUAGUUUAUAUUCAUACCAAGUUUUUCUAUAUGUAUAAAUGUGCCACUGUUUUAAUAUUAAAUUAAUGAUUUGGUAAAAUAGGUAGGCUAAUGAAAUUUGUAUUUUUAUACAAUAAAAUAUUCCAUACA